UUUGUAUAUGAUGUUGUUUUCGAAAGCGCCCUAUUAUUUAAAAAGGAAUUUCAUAAAUUAAUUAAUGAAAAUACAGAUUUGCAGAAAAUGAGUGAAUUCCUUUUCCCGAAUUAGUAAAAUAAAUUAUUAAGAUUUAAUUGAGGGCAAACGUUUUGAGAGACGGUUUUGCUAUGCGUUUUUUUUAACUCUGACAUCUAAAACAGAUUUAACCUCCAAAUGUAGAUGGUGUUCAGAAUGAAAUUGUAAAUUUCUGCAAUUUCCAUAUGGUGAUUACUCACGUUGACAGUAUAAAGCACUUCUGAUCGUAAUCUUAUCUUUAAUUUCCUGCGACACAAUGGCAUUGCAAUUACAGAUUUUGUCGAACGUUCUACAGCGAUUAGAAUGCAUGGAAACAACUGCAAUUGGCUAUCUUUAUGGUAUUAUGUACAAUAAUACAUUAGUAGUCCUAACAUUCAGUAUAAACUCGCAUGACUGUGAAAAUGAAAGCGAAAUUGAUUAUACAGCAUUGCAAUUCAAUCUACCUGCAGAUAUUUAUUUUUGCGGUAUAUUACAUGUUGGUGAAUGUAAAGAAAUAAAUCCUGAUGUUUUUAAGGAUAUUGAUAUUACGGAUAAUCCCUUACUUUUAAAAUAUUCGCGCAAUACAUUGGAUAUGCAAGCAUAUUUUUAUGUGCAUCAAAAAUUAGAAGCUGUUAAUAACUUCAGUAUUAUUAGUGAAGAUGAUCUUUCUCAACAAUUUGUAUAUAUUAGAUUGCAAGCAACUUUUCCAUUAGUUGCUCAGGAUGGAAACAUAUUGGAAGCAUUACAAGAAUCACGAAAAAAUAUUGCAUCUGGAAAAGUUGGAAUACAUUUUCCUUCAAACAAUAUGUAUCUCUUUAGAACUGAUGACAGUUUAAAAGACAUAGUGUUAAAAGAUUUUUUAUCCAUAUCCAAGGAAAAUGAAAAAUCUUUAAUUGCAUCAACUAAUAUAAAUUAUACUGGACCUGUGAAUAUCAUAUAUGCAAACAUGUUAUUAAAAAUGUCAGGAGAGAAAAAUUCUGAAGAAUCUAUCAGAUAUGCUCCUGUCUUGCAGUAUAUCAAAAGAUCCUUUAACAGUUUAGAAUGCAAUCUACAUAUCAAUGCAUUGUCAUUAGUAAAUUUAAAUGCAACAUCAGCCAACUUACAUGCAAUUUUAGUGGAAUCUAUUUGUCGGACUAUUAGAUUAAUUGAAAUUCAACAACAAGAUCCUCAGUUUGAAGAUAUAAAACUAUCUGCAAAGUUACCAGAAAUUAUUCAUUUUAAACCUCGAGAUUGUGGGCAUUUCUUCACAAUAAUAUACCCUGGAGAUUCUACUAAUGACAGCACAAUGGAAUAUCGUAAGACUUUACACAAGGCUCUAGCAUUAGAUUUGACUAAACCAUAUUUUCGACGUGGGAAUGCUAUAAAAUUGGAUAUACAGGCAAACGAAAUACUUAUAAAUCCUCAUCAAACUCUUUUAAAUAAAGGAGUUACAGGAAAACUCAGUAUUGUAGAUGGUUUAUACGCGUAUCAUCAUUAUAUGCAAGAUAAUUUUGAUGAUAAUGGAUGGGGAUGUGCUUAUAGAUCUCUCCAAACUAUUGUUUCGUGGUACAGAUUACAAGGUUAUACUGAAGUACCAAUACCUUCUCAUCGCAAAAUACAACAAUGUUUAGUCGACAUAGGCGAUAAAUCUUCCACAUUCAUUGGCAGUAAACAGUGGAUUGGUUCGACUGAAAUAAGUUUUGUGCUACAGACUCUCCUUAAUGUAGAUGUAAAAAUACUUUGUGCAUCAAACGGAGAGGAGAUAUCGGCCUUAAUUCCACAACUUGUAAAUCACUUUGAUACACAGGGUACACCUAUCAUGAUUGGUGGAGGAGUAUUAGCUCACACAAUUCUGGGAGUUACUUAUGAUGAAUCAUCAGGAGAGGGAAAAUUCUUAAUUUUGGAUCCACAUUACACAGGUGCAGAUCAUUUACCAACCAUAAUAAAUAAAGGAUGGUGUGGCUGGAAAACAAAAGAUUUUUGGAAAAAAGAUGCAUUUUAUAAUAUGUGCCUUCCGCAAAGACCUAUAGCCUUCUGAUGUUAGACUGUACAUAAUUCAGUUUUUUAAAUGUACAUAUAACAGAGUAAGUAAAAUUCUUUAUUAAAUAUAAAAUGCGCACACACAUCUACAUAUGAAGCGGUUUUCACAAUGUAUUGUAUAGUUGCAUUUGUGAAAUAAUAUUUCAGUUGUGUGAUAUAUGCAGUAAAAAUAAUGAAUAUGUAUUUCUAUUUAUAAGUUUAGAAAGUAACAAAUAUUCGAUUUAUCAAUAUUCAACAAUUUUUAUUUUGCAUUUUAAAGAUAUAAAAUAUACAUAAGAUUU